AUGGAUCAAUUAGCUCAAUUUGAGUUUAAUGCGGCUCGCUAUACAAUGAAGGACGAUUAUCAAGGCUAUGGAUCUCCAGCCCUGGAGCGUGAUAAAAAGACUAUGUUUUGGAUGAGCGGUGUACUCGAUUGUUUUUCUACCGUGGUAUCCUUGUUUAAGACUUCUGAAUUUGAUGUAUCUCAAGAGGAUGACUGGGAAGUACCCUUUGAAGCCAUUACUGAUAUGGUAUAUCUUGGAUCUGGAGCACAGGGAGUUGUAUUUGGUGGAAAUUUAAAAGGAGAAAUGGUGGCAGUGAAAAAAUUGAGAGAUAAAAGCGAAGCAAAUAUAAAACAUCUGAGGAAACUAAAUCAUGAUAAUAUUGUGAGGUUUAGGGGUGUUUGUACAGUGUCUCCAUUCUACUGUAUUGUAAUGGAGUAUUGUCAGUAUGGGCCCCUAUUUGACUUUCUCCAUAGUGGAGUUUCCUUCACACCUAAGCAAAUAAUCAGAUGGGGGAGGGAUAUUGCACUUGGCAUGAGCUAUCUUCACACACAUAAGAUCAUUCAUCGUGAUCUGAAAAGUCCCAAUAUAUUGAUUGCAGACAAUCUUGUGGUCAAAGUAAGUGAUUUUGGUACUAGUCGUGAAUGGAAUGAUGUUAGUGCUAUAAUGAGUUUCACUGGAACUGUAGCCUGGAUGGCUCCAGAGGUAAUCCGUCAUGAGCCCUGUUCUGAGAGGGUUGAUGUUUGGUCCUAUGGGGUUGUUCUGUGGGAACUUCUAACACAGGAAGUUCCUUACAAAAAUCUUGAAACUCAUGCUAUAAUGUGGGGUGUGGGUACUGAUACUAUAACCCUCCCAAUACCAACUACUUGCCCUAGCAGUUUGCAAUUGCUCAUAAAUCAAUGCUGGAAUCGUACACCUCGCAGCAGACCACCAUUCAAGAUCAUUGCCGCUCACCUGGAUAUGGCGGGUGAAGAUUUGUGCUCUAUGGACACGGAAAGCUUUAAUAACACACAAGCUCGCUGGCGCCAAGAAGUUCAUCAGGCCAUGGAAAGGCUCUACGCCAAGCAUGACAAAACAGCACCAGAUUCUGUCGCACAGCGUCGUGAGCACUUGAAACACGCUCGUGACGUUCGUUAUGUAUACGAGCAGCAACUGUCACGAGCCAAUGAGCUCUAUAUGGAGGUGUGUGCUGUGCGCCUUCAGUUAGAACAGCGUGAGAGGGUCAUUGCUGAGCGUGAGAAUGCUUUGAGCAGCUGCCGUUGCGGCAUUCGCAAGACGUUCAAAUAUUUCCAUCGCCAGACGUCAUCAUCUUCGGACAGUAUGAGGAAUCCUCCGGCCAACUUCGACGGCCGCCGCAGGAAGAGGAAGGCCGAGGCCGAGAAGAAGAACUUGUCACAAAUGAUGGUCAACUACUCCAAGGAUGACGGACAGACUGUGACCGUAGCAGUGGACGACACCGUGUCGUGCUUGUGCGAGGAGAAUGGAAACGUUACAGUCUCCAUCAAAGACACCGUCAUCGAAGACAAUGGAAACGUCGUACUAACUGACAAUACGCUCCACAAGGAUACACUCACACUCAACGAUAACUACAUGCCUGAUCUGGCACAUGUUUAA